CGGUCCAGUUACUUUGGUUACUCGGUGGCGCUCUACGUCCACCAAAACGUUUCGCUGCUGUUGGUGGGGGCACCACGGGCCAACUCCUCGCGUCGGGACGACAAGGAGCAGAAGGUCUACGAGCCAGGGGCUGUUUAUUACUGCGACUUGUCGAACGAUAAUUGCACCGAGUGGCACUUUGAUAAUAUUACAAGCAAUAACAAGGGAAAAAAGGGCAUCCAGCAAAUUAAAAACCGUGCCUGGAUCGGGGCUACAGUGGUCGUGGAGAACUCAACGAGUCCAAGAGUCGCGAUAUGCGCACCACUGUGGAAAACUAGAUACAGUUUUACUGAAACGAAACAUUAUGACUCGACGGGCAUGUGUUACUCCGUGACAUUAACGAACAAAGGCGUUCUGAAGGCAACGGCGUACUAUCCAAACAGCAACUUCGUGGUUGACGGGACAAAAGACUCGUACUUCAAAAAUUUUAAUCUUGACGAGGCUGGAUUCUCAGCUCACAUCGAGCCCGACGCUCAUCGUUUGAUGACCGGGGCUCCGGGUGUAUCGAAGUGGAAUGGCUCCAUGAUCAGCCUCGAAGAUGACCGUUGGAUCAAUCAACAAGAAAAAUUCCCCACAACUGAUUUUGUUCGUAAUUUUGGAUUGAAAAUGGGCUAUUUUGGUUAUUCAAUAACAUCUGGAAAUUUUUACAAGGAAAAGAAACGUUUCUAUGCCACUGGAGCUCCUCGCAGCAACAAUUUAAGAGGAACAGUUUUCAUUUUCGAUACUUUAAGAAGUAUUGGUGAAGAUUUCCUGGAUAUGAUAGAGGAAUUUGGAGGCGAAAAUUUUGGCGAAUACUUUGGUUCCAGUUUGACUGCCUGUGACGUCAAUGGUGACGGCAGGGAUGAUUUGAUCGUAGGAGCUCCACUGUGGACUCACAACAUCGACGAGGGACGCGUGUACGCUUACGUCUCCGAAGGCCAGUCAAACUGGAAAACUUACAUCAUAAAUGGAACGCGACCAUUUGGACGUUUCGGCAGUUCAUUGGCUUGCCUGGGUGACCUCGACCACGACGGUUUCCAGGACGUGGCUGUUGGGGCACCCUACGAGGAUGAUGGACAAGGGGCCGUCUAUAUAUACAGUGGCAGUGGUGAUCGCGAACUCUUCCUCAAGCCAAGCCAACGCGUGAACGCCAAUAAUCUGUUACCUGCACUGACACCCACGUUGCGGGGCUUUGGGUACUCGCUGAGCGAGCCGGCACGUGACGUCGAUGGUGAUGGCUUCCCUGAUCUCGCAGUGGGUGCCUACGUGUCCGGCCACGCGGUCUUCCUGCCCAGUAGUCCCGUCGUCAGGGUGAAUGUCGUGCUGCAGCGCUACCUUAAUGAAAGCCUUGCCUCGAACUCGAUGCACUUCGCCUUCAAGGCUUGCGCGGAAUAUCAUGGUCACUUGGUUGCCUUUAACGCAACUAUUUUUGUAAGAUUAUACGAAGUAACGGGACACGGUAAAAAAGAACUUAAUUUUGGUCAUACAACGAGAAGAGCCAUAACUUUGAAACCCGCGGAGCAACAUUGCGAAUUUAUAUACAUACUACGAGAGAACUCCAUAAGAUACGUGGAAAAUCCGAUACAAGUUAAUAUGAAUCUGAGAUGUGGUCACGUAGAUAGUAUAUCCUCCACCAGAUGCUUUGCAAUGAUUCACCCACAAUCAAAAGAUAGCGACAGUAUUCUAGCUUACGCCCGCGAGUGUGGCUCUGACGACACAUGCCAAGCUGAUUUGCGAGUGAGCAUUGAAAGUAAUCUCUCGGGUCCUAACAACAGCUACACGAUUGGAUCCAAGAAAAACGUUAAAGUCACCAUAUCCGUUAUAAAUCUCGAAGAGCCCGCAUACAUGCCAGAGGCCGUCAUUUCCAUCCCAAAGCCGAUUACAAUGUUUAGAGUACCUCCGAAUUGCAAAACAUCGUACCAAGUUAACAACGAUUUGGUACUAACAUGUCAACUACCAAAUCCGCUGCUUAAAGAAAGUCCAGGCAUCUUAAAUUUAGAACUAGACAUGAGCGCAAUAGAGUGCCCUGAAAAGUAUAAAGAAAUAAAUGUAAAAGUUACCACUCGUAGCGUCGAAGAAAAACUCAAUGACAAUUCUAAAUCAUUAGUAAUUACCUACGAUGUUAAAGCGGAUCUCAGAAUUGUCGGAAAAUCUCAAGAAGAGCGUUACUCUUAUCUGGACAGUGAUGUGGACGAAAUGCACUCCAAGGACUUGAUUAUCCAUCACAUUUACGAAAUAUACAAGUUAGGUCCUACUCCGAUCCAAAAGGCUGACUUUUUUGUUGAUGUUCCAGUGCAGUUUCAAAAUUUGGUGAUUGCAAAUAUAAGCUCAGUACAUGAUUCUCUCGCCGGACACGAAUUCAAUUGCACACUGGAGGUGCUGUCAAACCACAACUCUUUCAACCAAAAAAAUCUUUUGGAUUCAUUCGUUUCUUCUCAAGAUGUGUUUUCUAUCAAUUGCAUGAAUCCUGACGUUAUAUGUCAAAGUCUCCGCUGCGAUGUUGGUCCUUUCAUUGAAACGACUUCUGUAGCCGAAUUGAUCGUACACAUAGACCUUCAAGUUUCAAAUGACAUAGUUGAAGCAGCAAAAGGAAAAAAUAUAAUUUAUUCGAGCCAAGGGUUCGUCGAGAUUGUAGUACCCAAUGUUCAAUUCGUGACAAAUAACACAAGGCAGAAUUUCGUGCAGAUCUCCACGGAAAUUUCCAGUUACAAUCACGUUGGAAUAUCCAUAUGGAUAAUUGUCUUGCCGUCGACUUUACUAGGACUCGUUAUAUUUGUUAUCAUGAUUUUUAUAUUCUAUAAACUAGAAUUUUUCAAGAGAAAACGAAAAGACGAUUUACAGUCUUCAAAACCAACGGUAAAAGUGAGUUAGUGUACAUCUUGCUGUGUAAAAGUAUUACUCUAUGCAAUGAAAGAAUGAAUGUAUGAAAAGGAAAACAUAAUACAAAUAAUGUUUUGUGUACUUACAAAAAAAAAAACAAAGAAAAUAGUGGUUAGUGUACGAAAAAGAUUCGGUAACACUGCUUCAGUGACGAAAGAACAAAGAUUCAUGAUAAAUUUUAAAUUAUAUUACCAGUAUAUUUUUUUAAAAAUUUAUUCAUUAGUUUUCAGCCUUUUGGCCCAAAAAAUGGACUCUGUUUGCAAAAAAGCUAAUUGACGCCACACUUAAAAAUUAAGUUUCAUGUUACCAAUGUCAUUGCGAUUACUUUAAUUCUAAUCAUUAUGAUGGAAUAUUGUGUGAAGAAUAAAUUUAUAGAAAUUAUUGUGAAUGAGGCACCCCAGUGUAUAAGCUAUGUCUAAAAACCUAGAUAAUUUAGC